AUGUCCACAACCGACACCAAAUCUGGGGAUAGCCCACCGGCCAAAGACGCCACAACCUCCAUAUCCAUACCAUCCACACCCAGCCAUGUAACUACAAAAACCCCCUUCCACCACACAACCCUCUUCCAAAUCCUCACCGUCGGCCUCUGCGCCUUCUGCGCCCCCGGGAUCUGGUCCGCCAUGAACGGCCUCGGCGUCGGCGGCUCGCAAUCCCCCAACCUCGUCAACGCCGCAAACGCCCUCCUCUACGCCUUCAUGACCGUAACCUGCUUUCUAGGCCCCUUCCUCACAAACCUCAUCGGAUUCAAAUACACCCUCGCCCUCGGCUCAACAGGGUACCCGCUCUACGCCGCGGGGCUAUACCUCAACAACCGCACCGGCGCAACCUGGCUCGUCUACCUAGGCUCCGUGACAUGUGGGAUAACAGCGGGAUUCUUCUGGAGCGUCGAAGGCGCAAUUGCAACGGGGUACCCCGAGGACAGGAAACGGGGACGGUACAUCGCGACGUGGUUCACGUUUCGGAAUUUCGGGAAUAUCAUCGGCGGCGCCAUUUCGCUGGGCGUUAAUGUCGAUGCGGACAAGAAGGGCCAGGUCGGGUAUCAGACCUACCUGGCGUUCAUUGCGAUCCAGUGUCUGGGGCUGGUCUUUGGGCUUAUGCUGAGGAAUCCCGAGGGGGUUGUUCGCGAUGAUGGGACCAAGGUCGCUAGCCCAUCUACAGAUCAAGCGAGGAUAUCGUGGAAGACGGAGGUCAAAGCCAUGUGGACGAGAGGGAAAAGCCGACCAAUCCUCCUUCUGACGCCGCUGUUCUGGUACUUUGGCUGGAUCCAGGCGUAUCCUGGGACAUAUCUAGCGACGUACUUCACAGUGCGGGCGCGCGCGCUGGGCAGUUUCCUGUCUGCGAUCGUGGGCACGAUUGGAACCUGGCUUGCGGGCUCGCUGGUCGAUAUACCCUGGACGAGGAACCGGAAGACGCGCGCACUGAGUACGUGGAUUGUGAUUGCGUUGCUCAACAGCGCAACCUGGAUCUGGGCCGUCGUUAUCCAGAACGAGUACCGACAUACUCAGCCCGUGCUGGACUGGGCGGACCAGCGCGCCUUCGGACGAGGGUUCGGCAUAUACCUCUUCGAACGGAUCAGUCUGACCAUGGUCGAGAACUAUAUCUACUGGUGUAUUGGGAACCUGGCAGACUCGCCGGGCGAGCAAAUCCGGUAUAGUUCGCUGCUGAGGGGGAUUGAGACAGCGGGCGUGGCGGUGGGGUUUGGAGUGCAGGCUGUUCCCACGGCAUUAAUUGCGACGGCGAGUAUCAACUUUGGGCUGUGGGCUCUGGCUCUGCCGUUUAGCCUUUUGGCGACGCUUUUGGUUGUGAGGAGGUUUGAGGAGUUGGCUGUUGCGUGA